AUGGCAAAUGAGCAAAUGAAGCCUGUUGCAACUCUUCUUUUGGCGCUGAAUUUUUGCAUGUAUGUUAUAGUUUUGGGCAUUGGUGGAUGGGCCAUGAAUAGAGCAAUAGAUCAUGGUUUUAUCAUAGGUCCAGGGUUUGAUCUUCCAGCUCAUUUUUCACCCAUAUACUUCCCUAUGGGAAAUGCUGCCACUGGAUUCUUUGUUACAUUUGCUUUAAUUGCGGGAGUUGUUGGGGUUGGAUCAUUGAUUUCAGGUCUCAAUCAUAUCCGUUCAUGGACUUCAGAAAGCUUGCCAUCUGCAGCAUCAGUUGCUUCCAUUGCAUGGGCUCUUACAGUUCUUGCCAUGGGUUUUGGUUGCAAAGAGAUUCAGCUGAACGUCAGAAAUUCUCGUCUGAAAACAAUGGAAGCUUUUCUGAUUAUUCUUUCAGCUACACAGCUUUUCUAUAUAGCAGCUAUUCAUGGUGCUGCUGGAAUAAGGAGAUAA